AUGAACAUAAGAAAAUUUCUGUUCUUGACAUGGAUUGCGCUGGCAUUUGUCACAAUUUCGACCUUUGUCAGCGAGGUUACGUCGGAAGAAUUAGGCAGGACCCCGGAACUAAAGAAGAAACACGACUACAAACUUACCUUUAAGAAGCCCUAUUAUUUUAAUGCCACCGUACCCUUCUGGGACAUAUAUGGGAAUACACUUUCUGCACCUGAUUUCAUCCGCUUGGCGCCGGGCGUACCCCGACAGGCUGGUUCGAUAUGGUCUCGGAUACCCAAUCCUCACAAAGAAUGGCAGGUUGUGCUCUCUUUCAAGAUAUCAGGCAAUUAUUAUACGGGUGGUAGAGGCAUCGCAUUCUGGUAUACGAAAGAUCGGGGAAAUCCAGGCCCCAUUAUUGGAAAUCAAGACAAGUGGGAAGGGUUGGGGAUCUUUUUCGAGACCGCCGCUCCAUCAAUUGGGCGAACGUAUCCUUACGUGUCAGCACAUCUUAACGAUGGAACCAAAAAAUACGUCGAGGAGCGAAGUCCGGAAAGUGCCACUUUCGGUUCAUGUUACCGGGUAUUCCGGAAUACUCAGGUUCCGAGUCUAGCACGAAUUACAUACAAAGACAAGAACCUGAUGCUCGAAGUUGAUGCUCAUCACGGUGGAGAGAACUAUCACAAAUGCUUCGAGGCCGAGAAUAUCGAACUUCCAACUGGUUACUAUUUUGGUGUUUCGCUGAAGGAUCAACGCCUGGCAAAUGAUCAUGACGUAAUAGCAUUCGAGACAUACGAAAUCAAUCCAGCGGAGCGUGCCAAGCGUCCACUCCGUCCACACGAGAAAGAUGGGGCUUCAUCGACACCGCCAGAAAUUCCCGAAGAGAUUAGAAAGAGGAUCGAAGAAGUGCAAAAGGUUGUAAAUAAGCCUACGGAAGAGUCAGGAGAGGGAGGUUAUCAAAACUUGGACUUUAUCAAAGGGAUGCAAACUGAGAUCAUGGAACAGUUAGUAAGGCUGCAAUGGCAGCUUGAUUCAAUAGCGGGUAAAAAAGUCAGUGCUCCAGGGCAGUUCCACGUCCCUCCACCUAGGAACGAAAUGCAUCAAUUGGCUGUACUGAACGAGAAACUUGACCAUAUUGUGGCCAGCUUGAUGACGACUGAGGAACAUUCUGUUUCUCCAGUUACAAAAGAAUUGAUUGAUCAACUAAGACACCUCACAUCAAAAAUCACCAUCCUCGAUUCUCGUAUAUCAGCCCAAGACGUCCAACUUCAAAAACUGAAUCAAGCCAUUAACGCGCAAAAACAAAAAGAACCACCUGGGAUAUUGUUUUACGCUUUGUACGGUCUUUUGACAUUGUUCUUGCUGUAUUGUCUUUACUUCGCUUACAGGCAAUAUGAAGAAUCAAAGUCGAAAAAAUUCAUUUAG